AUGCACCCUGGGGGCCUGCAAGUUAGCCUGCGGCACUUCCUCUCGGGGCACCCAUGUCCCGAGACCUGCAAGGGCCACUGGAGAGUGGGUGGACAGCUGCCUCGCCCAUGGGGCCGGGGUCACCCCCCCGCCCCAGGGCAGUCAGCAGCGGCCCGCGGAGCUGCUAAAGCCACCACCCGACCUCCCCUGGGCCCCGAUGGCCGUCUUCCAGGUGCCCAGUGGCCUCAGGACACAGCCUGCGGCCAGGGGCGGGGCCAGGCCUCAUGCUGCCCUCUGCGCAGGCAGCUCUCCAUGAUGCUGAUGCUGGCACAGUCCAACCCUCAGCUGUUCGCGCUCAUGGGCACGCGGGCAAGCGUCACGGAGGAGCUGGAGCGCAUGGAGCAGCAGUCGCGGCUGCAGCAGCUGAGUCCUGCGGAGCUGCUGAGCAAGAACAGGGCCCACUGGACCGACUGGCUCCAGGAGUACGGAGCCCGGCUUGGAGAAGGACAAGGAGGGCGUGAGCGACCAGGACGCCUGGCAGGCCGAGCGCACACGCGUCAUGCACGCCAACAACCCCAAGUACGUCCUGCGGAACUACAUCGCCCAGAAUGCCAUCGAGGCCGCCGAGAACGGAGACUUCUCAGAGGUGCGGCGGGUGCUGAAGCUUCUGGAAACCCCGUACCACAGGGAUUUUGGAUCCAGCUCCAGUUUUUUACUGUACUGCAUUGUAAAAAACAAAGCAAAACUUCAUUAGCUGAAAUGGUGGAAAUUUUGCCAAGAUAUAUCUAAAAACCACUGAGGAAA